AUGCUUCGUGUUCGUGUUAAUUCUCUUCUAGUUAUUCUCCUGGCUAUUUGGACUUCUCUCAAUUGUGUUAUGUCAGAUGUUGAUGUUGGUUAUGGUCGUCACCCUUUGGUAAGAAACAAAAUCAAGAGUCUUAACGAAGCACGGCAUAUUGCGAAAAACAACGAGGACCUUCAAGAUUAUAAAGGAACGGAGAAUUCUUGUGAUGUAAAGUUUGAUGAAAAUGGGGAUAUAGUUCUGAAUUACAACACCGUUCGCGAGACUGGGUGUGCCAUCGAUCUUAUAGAGAAAUUCGAUUUUAUGUUCGGAUUCAAAGGAAUUUUGAGUAAUGACAACAAAAAGAUUAGAGAAUGUCUUCAGCCAAUGCCCGAUGGAUUUAAUGCCAAUAUGGUUCCUUUUGCAUACAGUAUUGGCUUUGAACGGUUUGAAGAGUUGAAGGAAGGACCUUACGAUGGGGAUGAUAUUUCUUGCCAUAAGAAGGAUGAGUGCAUCAAAAGUGGUGGAGAAUGCUUGAGACCUGGCGGAUUAGAGUUUGGUUGGGCAUAUGAUGGAGAUAAAGUUCAUGCGAGUAUGCAAUCGGUUGGUGAGCCAGUUGUGUGUCAAUGUACUCUCAAGGAUGAUCAUGUAAACAAUUUAAAGUCUGAAAUUGAUGUCCAUGUUGAUGAUGGCCUUUUUUGGUUCCAUAUUGAGAAUUUUGAAAGAAAUUGCUAUUCUUCCUCACGAUGCGAUUUUGUGUGUUUAUGGCGACUUGAUAUGAUUGUAGAGGAAGAAGGAUUGAUUAAACCAAUAGCUUGGAGACUUAAUAAUAGAAUCUAUGAAGAUUUCGCGUUCAAUAAAUUGCUUGUUUUCUACCUUCUCCCGCAAAAGGCUUCUUUCCAACGUGAUGGGAACAAUAUUAAAAGGAAUUCCCCUCUAGAUGGACCUAAUUGCAAAAUUGAAAUUAAAUUUGGAACAAAAACUGAGGAAAUUGAGACAACGACAAAAGAGGGAACUGCCAAAGAAACUUGGUCCGCACCUACAUCCAAACUUUCGCCAACUUCAACUUCUUUGCAACCUUCUAUAAGACCCAAACCUUCGCCAACUUCAAAGAGUAAUAUAUUCGUUACCGUUGCCUUGAUUGCUGUCAAUGUUAUUUUGUUUGUCAUUAUUGUUAGUGGUCUCUGUUGGUUUUGUUUUUGUAGAGAAGAAGGGAAUAAUGAAGAGAAGAAAUAA